GAUAUAAUCAUCGGUUUGGGUCACUCCGGGUUCGUACGAGACGUGGAGAUCGCCAAAAGUGUGCCCGAAAUCGAUGUGAUAGUCGGCGGACACUCACACACUCUCCUAUACGACGGCCCGAAGCCGUCGGUCGAAGAAGUGAUCGACAAAUACCCGACGAUUAUAAACCACGGCUCGCAUCAGAGUCUAGUCCUACAGGCCUUUGCUUUCGGCAAAUAUUUGGGUGUAAUUGACGUCGAGUUCGACGCCGAAGGAAAUGUCACCCGUUUUGAAGGCAAACCUAUUUUGUUGGACAAUAGUUUUCCAGAAGAUCCAGAAUUAGCCAAAGAAGUCACUGAAUAUACGGAUCGAGUGAAACAAAAGUACGGAGAAGUGAUCGGAAAGACCAGAGUAUUACUCGAAGGCGGAUAUAAAUGCGAAUUACGUGAAUGUAAUUUAGGAAAUCUCAUUACGGAGGCGACGGUUGUCUAUUAUAUGAGCCAACGGCCGGUUGUGGGCAACGGGUGGACAGAUGUGGCCAUUUGUGUGAUGAAUUCGGGCGGUAUUCGGUCCACGAUUGACACGACCAACGCUGACGGCAACAUCACUUUGGAGGACUUGAUAACCACACUUCCCUUCAGUAAUAACAUGAUUAUUCUGGAGAUGUCGGGUCAAUUGGUACGGGAAAUGCUGGAGUUUAGUGUCGCCGGACACGACCCGCACUUCAAGAUCCCGAGCGGAAAGUUCUUGCAAAUGUCUGGCCUUCGGGUGGUUUACAAUCUAACAAAUCCCGACUUUGAGAGAGUGGCCAAAGUGCUGGUCCGGUGCGCCAACUGUACGGUUCCCGAGUAUAGACCCCUCGACGACAACGAGCUCUACAAACUGGUUGUUCCCCAAUAUAUAGCCGACGGCGGAGACGGCUAUCAGAUGCUGAAGAGUAAGGAUAUUAAACGGAUUAGUAGUGAAGUACUCGACUACGAGAUUGUGUCACAAUAUUUGUCUCAAACGCCACUCAUUUACACCGGAAUUGACGACAGAAUUGAAUUUAUUCUUUUAGUUUUAGAGUUUAUCGAAAUUACUCCCAAGAAUGUCAUAAUAUUGAUAGAGAACGGAGUAAUCAAUGGAUUCACACAAGUAUUCAACGGCACAGAAGUGGACACAUAUUUGGGUAUUCCAUACGCGGAGCCACCGGUCGGUGACCUCCGCUUCCGAAGACCAGUGCCGGCG